AUGCACAGUCUCACCAACCUGGCACUCACAGCCUUACUCCUCAUCUCACCAGCAACAUGCGUCUCAAACCCCAAACCACCCGGCAAAGACGCUAUCCUACUAUCAAAUGUGCAAACCCUAACACUCCGCGCGCACCGCAUGACAAGCUCACGCCGCAUCUCACCAAUCCCCCAACUCAGCUGCGCAGGCCCAUCAAAACAAAUAUGCAACCUCUACCAACCAGAAGUAAUGCGCUGCACAAACCAAGGCUAUGACUACGACGCCGAAGACGUGCAGUGGACCUGCACCGCAGACAUGCCGGCGGAGUUCAAGCUCGGCGCAACAGAUGUUAUCUGCGAGGGGUACCGGAAUGCCGAUGAUAAGUGGGUGCUGAAAGGGAGUUGUGGGGUUGAGUACCGGCUUCUUUUGACCGAGGCUGGGGAGAAGAGGUUUGGGAAGAAAGGCGGGGACACGGAGUGGGAUUGGGCUAGGACGGGCCGGUCCGGGACUGGGGUUCAGAAGAUGAUGGCGGUGCUUGGGGAUUUGAUCUUCUUUGGGUUCAUCUCUGCUGUUUUCGUUAUGAUCUUCUGGCCUAUGCUGGCGCAAUGUUUCGGGUGGGGGAAUCGGCGAGCCAGGCGUCCGGGCUCGGCCCCAGGGUGGGGUGGGUUCUGGGGAGGAGGUGGUGGUGGAGGUGGAGGUGGUGGAGAUGAUCCUCCACCUCCAUACAGCAGUUUUGAUCCCUUUAAAUCUACUGGUCGGCAGCAGGGUUGGACGCCAGGUUUCUGGGCUGGUGCGCUAGGCGGUGGUGCCGCUGGUUACCAGAUGGGGAGACGUUCUGGUAAUGCAUCGCGCGGCGGAAUGCCAAUGGGCAGGUCUGGUGGAUAUGACCCAGGUGAAGGCAGCUCGCGUUCGUCGCCACAGUUUUCAUCUACGACUGCUAGUACUGGGUUCGGGUCGACUAGGCGUAGGUGA